GUUUUCAAUUACUGGCAACGUCAGCAUGUGCCUGAAUUAUAUGCGAUAGCUCUAUUUAUCGUCGUUUCUUAAUGUCGUUUCUGUUGUGAUCUUAAGGGGAAAUGUGAUUAUGGCUUUGCAUGACCCUGUGCCACCCUAGCAACCUGUUUGAUUUCUAAAAUUCACGCAUCGCAGCUGGCAACUGCCAAUUGCCAACUUAAUAUUAGACUGCUAGACUGGGUACCCCUCUGACCUUUUGUUGCGUAAAACAUCUCGACUCGACGACAUGCAUCUUCCUACUUUGUAUCUAUAUCUGUAGGAAUCUAUGAGCGUACCUCAAGAUGCAAAGCGACCAAGAAGACUCGACGGCCCCUGCGGCCCUUCAGGAUGAUGCUGUCAUGGACGAAGUGCGCGAGCUGUCUCAUCAAGACUUAGACUACGAUGUACAAGACGAAUGCGACGUGGACGAUUCAUAUACGAAGGAAACCCCCAACAUAAAUGCCGAAGAUAGGCAAGAACAAGAGGAGGAUAUACCCCGAGCAACAUCUCGAUUACACCCUAUUGUGGUAGAGCUCCAUCCACCACCGGAUCCAUCAAUAUACGAACGGAUCUAUCCGAGUCAAGCUGUGGAGAGGAUUCUAGAUGAGAUGGAGGAUGAGGAUGGCGAAAUAUACUAUAGUGUUGAAUUCGAGGAUGGGUAUAUAGAAGAUGUGGCAUAUGACGAUAUGCUACAGCUUAAGAACGGCCCUCGCGCUGCCCAGCAAUUUCAAAGUCGAAGAUUCAAUAUUGGCCAACUAGCCAUGGAUAGACAAUCGGAUAAGCGUCCUCCUCCCGAGGACGACUAUUACGACUCGGAAUCUUAUGGCUCUGACCACCCUAAGAAACGGAAGAGGACAUCCUCUCGACCUACUCGCAGAAGUACGCGACAAGCCUCCAAGCAGGCCUCUGUGCGAGCCUCUGUGGAGAAUGGCCUCGAAGAUAAUGGCUUUGAUGAGGAACUUGAUGACAUGCUCUCUGACAAGGAGUUCGAGAGUAGAAAGCCUUCAAAAUCUCGCAGCUCGGCUCGACUCUCCUCAAUAAGAGUCACUCGCUCAAAGGAUCCUGCGUGGCAAAGCAAGCAUAAACUAGAUGACUCCGAGGAUGAGUUGGCUCGGGGUCACAAAUCUGACCAGGAUGAUGACUACGAUUAUGUCAUUCCAUUUAUCCGUUCCGAUAUUGGCGGCGCCGUGAGAGCGUCAUCUCGUAAAAAGAGAAAACUGAAGCGCAUGCACACAUCUAGCAGAUACAUCGACAGCGAUUCGGAGAUCGAAUUCGAGACAUCCCGAAGGUCGAAGAGGUCAACUAAGGCUUCAAAGAGCAUGCGCGACCCCGAGAUUGACGAUGAAUACGAUGCAGUCGACGAUAAGCUCGAUUUCGUGCCCAAGAUUGCCGCAAUCAAGGAGGUUUUCGAAGAGCGAGUUGAGCAGUCAGAGUUUCGACGAGCACACGCUGGAGUAUGUGAUGCUUGUGGAUCUGUGUCGAGUCAUGCAAAGGGUUCCCUUAUCCCAUGUCAGGGAUGCUCUUAUGCAUUUCACAAGCAGUGCAUCGGUCCGAGAUCUCAACGUGACCACAGAGUUACUAAGGUCGGCCCAAAUGACUUCGUGUUGCAAUGCCGCUUCUGUAUUGGACUACAUAAGAAGAAGGACGUACGUGCUCCAAGUUACUCGGUAUGCCAGGAUUGCAAAAGUCCCGGUGUCUCAUGCGCGGAAUUCUCACCGAAGAGAACUCCAAAACAAGAAGAGAAAGCUAGACUUGAGAAUGGGGGAGAAGACCCAAUCACAUUUGUCCAGCCUAGUCUACUCAACAAUCCUGAUAAUGUAUUAUUCCGAUGCCUAACUUGCAGACGCGCUUAUCAUUUUCAACAUCUGCCUCAACUAACCGCAAACCCUGACGAGAAUCGCUUCGACGAGUACUCCUUGGCCGGAUGGAAAUGCAAAGACUGCUUAGACACAAGACAGGGGAUCCACGCGUUGGUUGCUUGGCGACCUGCUGACCAGGAUGCCUACAUCAAGGGCCAGCAGGCCGAUGAGUUUAGCGAGGACGAGAUGGAGUAUUUAGUGAAAUGGGAGGGGAGAUCUCACCUUCACGAUACUUGGAUGCCUGGAGCUUGGGUUUAUGGCAUAGCUGCGCCUACUAUGCGCACCGCAUUUCAUAAGCGCGAAGAGAACGACCUACCCAAGAUGACCAUUGAGUCUGCAGUUGAAGAGGAAUGGGUUUUGGCCGAUGUCCUCCUCAAUGUGAGAUAUAAGCGUGGUUCUACUGCUUCUUCCAAGGCCCAAGAUUUAAAUCGCAUCUCUGAAAUCCAAUCGGUAUAUGUAAAGUUUCAGGGUCUCAGUUAUGAAGAAGCAGUUUGGGAUGAGCCGCCUCCUCGUGAUUCGACAAACUUAUGGGCUGCGUUCGCAGCUGCAUACGAUGAAUUUCUCACCGGCAAAUACUUCCCAUCUGCUAGAGAUCAGAGAAUGCGCGAACGUAUCAGUAAAUAUCGAUCUCUCGACUUCCAAGAAUCUUGCGAGCUGAAAAGCCAACCCCCGGGCCUCAAAGAAGGCCGUACGCUAAUGCCAUAUCAAAUGGAGGGCGUCAAUUGGCUACUUUAUAACUUCCACCAGCAGCAGAACGUCAUCCUCGCUGAUGAGAUGGGGCUUGGCAAGACGAUCCAAAUCGUCUCUUUUAUUAGCACCCUCGUCCAGGAUCAGCCCAAGUGCUGGCCAUUUCUUAUCGUCGUACCGAAUGCAACUUGCCCCAAUUGGCGUCGCGAGCUCAAAGAUUGGUCUCCCGCGCUCCGAGUAGUAACAUAUCACGGCGGCAGAGUCUCUCAGGAUCUAGCUUUUAAGCAUGAACUUUUCCCUGAUGGGGUCAAAGAUGGAAUGAAGGCACAUGUCGUGAUUAUGUCCUAUGAGGCGGCCAGUUCAGUGAAAACUACUUUUCAAAGUGUUAAGUGGGCUGGCUUGAUCGUAGAUGAGGGCCAGAGGCUCAAGAAUGAUGAAACGCAGCUUUACAGGACGUUAGUUGACAUGAAUAUCCCGUGCCGGAUCUUAUUGACGGGUACCCCGUUGCAAAAUAACAAGAAGGAAUUGUUCACCCUUCUUCAGUUUAUUGACCCGAAGAAUAACGCUGAGGCACUUGACGCUCAAUAUGAUGAGCUGACAAAGGAAAAUCUACCAGAGCUUCACGACCUCAUCCGUCCCUAUUUCCUACGACGCACCAAAGUUCAGGUCCUCAAGUUCUUGCCGCCAAUGGCUCAGGUCAUUGUUCCUGUUACCAUGACGGUGCUACAAGAAAAGUUGUCUAAGUCUAUCAUAGCUCGAAACCCAGAGUUGAUCAAAGCAAUCAUCUCUAAAGGAAAGAUGAAAGCAGGCGAUCGCAAGAACUUGAGCAACAUCAUGGCGGAUCUCCGACAAUGUCUAUGUCACCCAUUCUGCUUCAAUGCCAACGUUGAAGACAAGAAUGUCAGCGAAGAGCAAAUGCAACGAAACCUAAUCGAGGCUUCGCCAAAGUUUAUGCUGCUAGAGAUGAUGCUCCCGAAGCUCAAGGCGGGGGGCCACCGCGUACUAAUAUUCAGCCAAUUCAUACGUUGCCUGGAUAUCAUCGAAGACUUUCUCAAUAUACUGGGUCUUCCGUUUGGGCGAAUUGAUGGGCAGCUAAGCGCUCUCAAGAAGCAGAGACAGAUCGACGCCUUCAACGCUCCUAACUCACCACUGUUUGCGAUGCUGUUAUCGACUCGUGCCGGUGGCGUUGGUAUAAAUCUCGCCACGGCAGACACAGUUAUCAUAUAUGAUCCAGAUUGGAACCCACAUCAGGAUAUACAAGCCAUAUCCCGGGCCCACAGGAUUGGCCAGAAAGAAAAGGUUCUCUGCUUCCAACUUACGACCAAAGACACUGUCGAAGAGAACAUCCUGCAGACAGGAAGGAAGAAGAUGGCCCUCGACCAUGCUCUCAUCGAGAGCUUAGAUGCUGAUAACGACAAUAGCGGUGACCUAGAAUCAAUCUUGAAGCGCGGUGCAGAGGCUCUAUUUAGUGACAGGGACAAGGUGAAGAUUACGUAUGACUCGGCAGCCGUUGAUAAGUUGCUAGACAGGAGCCGACUCGAGAGUACGAGUACGGAUAACCAGACAACUGACAACCAGUUUUCGAUCGCGCGUGUCUGGGCUAAUGACUCGGGCACACUCACGAAUGGCAUAGACCAACCCGAUAACAACCCGCCGACGACGGAUGCGAGCGUCUGGGAAAAUAUUCUCAAGGCACGCGAGGAAGAGCAUAAGCGCGAACUUGCCGCAAAACAGGAGGUGUAUGGCCGUGGUGCUCGGCGACGUGGUACUCAAGGUGUGGACUACAACGGCACUCGACGCCCAGAACCAGACAGUGGCGGCUCCGAUAUUGAUGGAGAAGACGAACUUUACAUCGACAAUGACGUAGAAGACGAUGACGAUGAAGUAUAUAUGGAAGAGGAAGAAGAAUCAGCGGCUCUAGCAAAAAACAAGGGGGCUAAAGUAACAGUAACAGAGCACAGCCAGGGCCUAGAAAUGGCAAAGCAAAUAGCGACCGGAACCCUCGAGCCGCCACGAAAAGUUCGUCAGAGCAUCAGCCAGACUCGGGGAGUAACUCAACUAGCAACUCAACCAGUACCUCAGCCAGUAUCUCAGGCGGUGCCUCGACCAGUAUAUCUGGCGAUGCCUCAACCAUAUCAGCCAGUACCAUCGAACCCCAGUCAACGUCGGGCACAGAAGUCACCAGCCGGAAUCAGUCGACCAAUGCCGCAGACUCGAGUGCUACCUCCGCAAAAUCCCCUCCAGCCACAGCCUCCCCUCCUUCACACUCGGAAUCCUAACUUUGUAGUUUCGAUCCCUCGCCGCGAGCAGCCUUCCCUUGCUGGCAAUUCUCCUUCAUCUUCGAUUAUUCCUCCUGCUAUAUCACCCUCCAAGGUAUUAAAGUCAAAUCAGGCCGUUGAGAAAGCAACUCGAAAUCUCAAUACUUCUUUCCGAGCUCCACCGACCUGUCCUACGGAUAAAAGUGGCAUUUGCCUCGUUUGCAAGGAUAAACACCAUAUUAACAAAACUUGUAUAGAUUUCAACUCGGAGAUCUCGCUGCGGCUCGCCAUCGAUACUCUAAGGACCAGUGGAGACGGGCCUGUGGUUCAAGCAUACAAGGCACACCUCGCCAACCAGCUACGACGACUAUCAGGGUCUUGAAGGACAAUAACUUUGGACUCGUGGUGCAAGUCCGGGUAAAGAGGCACGAUUCGUGGAUUGACUUACAGCUAGUUGCCUCGAUAGGCAUAAUUUUUGCUACAUGCUUGUAGAUAAGAGAAAUCAGGUUCGUGUUGACUAGGCUAUGGUAUGGUAUUAGCUAGGUAGGUAGUCAGACACAUAUAGCCCUUUUAUACUACAAAUAAAGCAGAAAGGAAAUGAA